AUGUCGCUCGUGUCCGGCGAGAAGACGAACUUCCAGUACAUCUUGCGUCUGCUCAACACCAAUGUUGACGGCAAGCAGAAGAUCAUGUACGCCUUGACCCAGAUCAAGGGUGUCGGCCGCCGUUACUCCAACCUGGUCUGCAAGAAGGCCGAUGUGGAUCUUACCAAGCGUGCCGGUGAGCUCACCACCGAAGAGCUCGAGCGUGUGGUCACCAUCCUCCAGAACCCCACCCAGUACAAGAUCCCCGCCUGGUUCCUCAACAGACAGCGCGAUAUCACCGACGGCAAGGACGCCCACGUGCUCUCCAACGGUGUCGACCAGAAGGCCCGUGAGGACCUCGAGCGUCUGAAGAAGAUCCGCUCCCACCGUGGUCUCCGUCACUACUGGGGUCUCCGUGUGCGUGGUCAGCACACCAAGACCACCGGUCGCCGUGGCCGCACCGUCGGUGUCAGCAAGAAGAAGGGCUAA